AUGCUUCAAGACUUGACGCACCACAAUGAAGCUUUGCACCGUGAGAUCGAGGAGCAGCAGCGCAACCACCCGAAGCCUGAGAACUCCAGAGACGGCUGCCGUGAUGGGGAAGACUUCGGCGCAGGUGCACGUACACUGCAUGAUGGAGAAGACUCCUUGUCAGUCCAGGCGGCUGAGCUUCGAACGGCCCUUGCAGAGGCUUACGAAGAGCUCUCAAGAUGGCAACAGGAGCGCAGAGGUGCCUUGGCUGCUGCGGAGCAAGGCCUCACGCUGCUGAAGGUCCUGAGCAACAGCAGCAAGGUCGAGGAAAUGGCAGCGCUCCUCAAGGUCUCUGACUGCCUCAUGGCGGUUGGCAAGGGCAAGACGGCCGUGAUGCGCGGGCAGGAAGCCGCACAGCAAUGCAGCGAGACCGGGGAUGUUUGGGCCGGGGUCAUGGCAUUGCAGGCACGCUCCGCCCGUGCGUCCACAACGCAUGACUGGGAGUUGUGUGUUUGUUGCCAGUUCUGCACCCUGGCCCUAUUCGGUACCGAACUAACUAGAGGGUCUGCUUUCCGCAGGUGUGUUGGCUAG